UCUUUGUAGGAUGGGUAUCUCAGUGAAGGAUGUCAAUUCACAUGAAUUCACAAAGUCACUUGCUGCUUUCCUGAAAAAGCAAGGUAAAAUGAAGAUACCAGACUGGGUUGGCAUCGUAAAACUUGCAAAGUUUAAUGAACUGGCUCCAUAUGAUGAUGACUGGUACUAUGUACGGGCUGCUUCUGUAUGUCGCCAUUUGUACAUCAGAUCACCAGUUGGUGUUGGAGCAUUUUCCAAACUUUAUUCAGGGCGCAAGAGGAACGGAACAGCACCUAGCCAUUUCUGCAAAGGAAAUACAUCAAUUAACCGCAAGGUUCUGCAGUCUCUAGAGGGAAUGAAACUAGUGGAGAAAGACACUGCAACAGGUGGCAGGAAAUUGACCCCUCAAGGCAGGAAAGAUUUGGACAGAAUUGCUGCCCAAGUGAAUGAAAAGCACAACCCAAGACCAUCCAAAAAGGAAUAAGACUGCCAUCUUAAUAUGACUGGUGUCCAUUAAAUACAUGUGAUUGUAAAAA